GUGUGAGGGUCACAUCAUUUGAGAAUCAAAGCCUUCUUGGUCUUGAUUUUUCUGUUUAACUUGUAACAUUUUAUCCAUUUCAUUUUUACAUGACACGCUGCUAACUUUCAAUGUGAGUUUUUUCUCAUUGUGACAGGCGUAACGUGCUCUUAACCCUUUAACGUAAGAAUUAUUCGAGCGGGCACAACAACAACAACAACCAGCAUCCUGUUCUGUCACCCUGUCACUAAGUCCUUGAUAAAUAAUAUUAAGAGUCAGCAGCCUCCAGAAUCCAUACCAGUUGCAACAUCAAUCUCUUUUCUCUUGAAAUCAAGUAGACGCAUUUUGACAUUUUACAUAACCCAGGAAAUGAUCCAACUUGAUCAGUGUUGAUCAGUUCACCUUCUGUGCCAUAUAUCAUACCACGUUGCAGCAAAUUAAUUCAGCGAGGUGACCAUAGAUCUUUGUCAAUACAAGCUCAACAAUGGCAUCUGAAGUGACUGUAGAUCCUUUUUCAAUGCCAUCUGAAUCCCCUCCCCAGCCUCAACACAAACACAAGAAAACAUGGGCAGAACUGAGACAGGCUGUGCGCAAUACUCGUAAAGUGCUGACCUCACUGGCUAGUCGUGUACCUUCCUUGUUUACAUUCAGAUCAAUUCAGAGUGAUCAAGGACCUGUCACAAGGAUUUACUUCCUAGGAUUAACAGGGGGCAGCAGAGAAAAUACAUUGUUGUAUGUGGAUAUACCUAUGAAGGAAAAUGGUUCAGAUUUACUGAUCUGGAAGAAUGUGCUGGAUUCAUUUCAAGCCACAUUGAGCCAGGGAGAGCUGUCUAAAGAGGAACAGUUGAUGAGAGAGAGGCAAAGACUUGGAACUUUAGGAAUUACAUCAUAUGAUUUAGAUAAUGAGACUGGGACAUGUGUCUUCCCAGCAUGCAAUAGUCUUUUCUUCUGUGAGCUACCUGACAUUCUGAAUGAGGAAAAAGCAUUACCUUCCAGCAUCCCCACACUUUGUGCUGGAGCUCGUCUUGACCCUAAAAUUUGUCCCACCAAUUCAGAUUUAGUAGGAUUUAUCAAUAACAGUGACUUAUGGGUAACAAACAUACGGAGCGGAGCUGAACUGAGACUCACCUUCAGUCACACAGGAGCACUUCGUUUGUCUGAAGACCCCAAAAGUGCAGGUGUGCCCUCAUUUGUUGUCCAAGAAGAGUUUGACCGUUACACUGGUUAUUGGUGGCAACCAGUCAAAUCUUCAGAUGAUAGCCCCGAUGUGUUCAGAGUGCUGUAUGAGGAGGUGGAUGAGUCUGAUGUGGAAAUACUGAACAUUUACUCCCCCUCCACAGAUGGAGUGGACGAGUUCAGAUACCCAAGGGCAGGUACUGACAAUGCAAAAUGUAGCCUGAAGAUUGUAGAAUUUGAGUCCACUGCAGGCCAGCUGGGUAGUGUCCUGGAGAAGCAGCUGUAUGAGCCUUUAUCAACAUUCCUCCCAUGGAUGGAAUACAUUGUCAGAGCUGGAUGGACGCCAGAUGCAAAGUAUGUCUGGGCGCAGGUGCUAAGCAGGAAUCAGUGUCAACUGGCUGUGGUGUUAAUCUCCCCUGACUGUUUUAUUCCCACCCCUGUGGACAUGGAGGUGGGCAGCUUUGACAGUUCUGUGUUCCCUCCGCUACAGGUGAUAUACGAGGAGACAUCAGACAUCUGGGUCAACGUCCAUGAUUUGCUGUAUUUUUUCCCACAACAAAGUGACACUGAAAUCUCCUUUGUUUGGGCGAGUGAGAAGUCUGGGUACCGACAUUUGUACUUGAUGACCUGUAGCCUGCAGCUCAACAGUAGCUCAUCCAAUACCAGUGAGCCCAUGGAGAGAUAUGAAGGUGGUUUGCUGGUGAUGCCCUGGAGGGAGACGCAGUUGACUGCUGGGGACUGGGAGGUGAACCACAGACAGAUAUGGGUCGAUGAAAGACGAGAACUAGUGUACUUUGUAGGAUUAAAAGACUCCCCUUUGGAAACACAUUUUUACGUGGUGUCUUACACUCACCCCUCAGAACCUGUCAGACUGACAAAGCUGGGGUCCUCUCACGCAAUCUCCUGUGAUAAGGCCUGUACUAUGUUUGUGACAGUGUACAGCAGUAUACGAGAGGUGACCUGUAGCAAAGUAUUCCAGAUAGUCCAUGGAACAAACGGCCAAAUAUCACCUCUCCUUAUGGGAACUUUAUUAGGGGCGUCAUUUCUAGAUGAGGAGUACAAGUCUCCAGAACUGGUGGAGUAUCAGACGGAGGCGGGGCAUCGAGCGUAUGGCAUGGUCUACAGACCUGGCCACUACGAGGAAGGUGUCAAAUAUCCCACGGUACUCUUUGUGUAUGGAGGUCCUCAGGUCCAGCUAGUCACCAAUGCUUUUAAAGGACUCAAAUUUCUUCGUCUUCACACUCUGGCUCUGGAAGGCUAUGUUGUUGUUGUUAUUGAUGGAAGGGGUUCGUCCUGUAGAGGUUUACAGUUUGAGAGCCAUCUGAAGAACAAUCUGGGUUGUGUAGAACUGGAUGACCAGGUGGAAGGUCUCACCCAGAUCGCCUCUCAGCUACAGUGUAUUGACCUAUCACGAGUUGCCAUCCAUGGCUGGUCCUAUGGGGGUUACCUUGCAUUGAUGGGUUUAGCUCAAAGACCAGAUAUUUUUAAGGUUGCCAUAGCUGGGGCCCCCGUGGUGAUGUGGACCAUGUAUGACACGGGAUACACAGAGCGCUACAUGGGAAUCCCAGCCAAUAACACAGAGUGCUAUGAGAAAGGCUCAGUGCUUCAUUAUGUGGAGAAGUUCCCAGAUGAAGAAAAUCGAUUACUGAUAAUCCAUGGCCUUAUAGAUGAGAAUGUUCAUUUUCAACACACUAGUGUACUGGUGAAUUCCCUGGUAAAGCUGUGCAAGCCGUAUCAACUGCAGAUAUACCCCAGUGAGCGGCACGGUAUACGUAACCACGAGUCCAGUGAACACUAUAAAACCAUGGUACUUAGCUUCCUGCAGCACAAUUUGUAGAGCUGGUGGAACUGCUGUGAUUUUUAACAUGGUUGAGUGUAGCGUUCGUAAUCUACAGUUUCUGCUGGAAAGAUUUGCAACCGUUGUCAAAACUUAAAUAUUUCAUUCAGAUAUUAAAGGCUGGAAGCAGUAUUUUUUAAAAUUGUUCAUUUAAAAUAGUAUAUUCCACUAAAAUAUCAUUGAAGGCAAAAACUCUCCUGAAAAUAAUCCAUUGAAGAUGGAACAGAAGUGAACUGAUUAUUUGGCUAGAUCAUUUUUAGCUAGAAUUUUUGUACAGAGUAAAAAAAAAAAAAAAAAAUUACCAUGAAAUUUUAUGAUACAUGUAAAUUUCACAUCUUUUCAUUGAAGUGAAUGUUUUUAGUUUUGUGUGAUAGGGUUGGUUUGACUUGCCGUAUCAAGAAAUACAGGUUCUGUUGCUGUUUAUCAUAUGUAUAAUCAUUCAGACGAUUCAUUCAUUCAUGGGACAGCUGUCAUUUAGAUGUAGAGGAAGGUAGCAUAGAAUGAAAUAAACCACUGGCAGGUACAUAACCAAAACCUUCCUGGCAUAAAUCAAGAACAAGAAUGGAAUGGAUCAAACCUAUCCAUCACCAUAAAUGUCUGUGGUCUCUGAUGAAUUCUGCACAUCUUCCACUGUCUUCGUUUGGCUUUAAAGCAUAACAGUAUAAUCAUUGACACAGUGAGUGGGACAUCAAGCCUGGUGUCUUCAGCAUAGUAUUCCACUGAGGCAGCACUACUGAUAUGGCCACUAGUGAAACUGUCUUGCAAGAAAGGUGCAUGCUAUAUUCCUAAGCAAAUGGUUACUACAAAAGCCUGGACUUGUAUUAUUUUAAUCAUUAUACUUUGUGUCACUCUUAUUAAAUUCCCUGAAAUCAAAGGUUGAAUUUUUCAAAACAAGUAUUUUCAGAUUAUUCUAAUGUAACUUAUUGGGGGAACUGUUCGAAAUUUUUGUCACUGAAACAGAACAGUUGAUGUGUUCCCUAACGUCCCUUAUGACAGUUACUUUUGAAACAGUGAUACAUGAACAUCACUAGAACGUUUGUACCGUGUUCAGUAGCAAUGAACUGUACCAUCGGGCUCUGCAGCACAGUUGGUUGUGCAGUGAGGCUAGUCUUUCUGGUUGUGAAUUACCCUAAAUGACCUAAAAUUUCGUCCAUGACAAAGCUCACUUUUCCCGAUUCUGAAAGUUCUACUGGUUUUGGAUGCAGGUAGGACAAUGUCCAACUGAACCAAAUAACUUUCUAAAAUUUUUGACAAAUUUGUUUCUAAAUAAGCACUUUUUGGGGGUGAAAUUUUAAGUCAAUUAGAGUUUUAGUUUAGCCUACCCUAGAUACAGGCUUUAGUUAUCUUACUGUUCAAAAUCAUGCAAAAAUUGGUAAAUUCCCACAAUGAUGCCAAGCAGGAGGAUUUUUGCUGGGUAUGAUGCUCAGUGUGCAUGUACUGUCCAGAAAAUUUGAAUUUCAAAACCAUGUUCACAGCACCAAAAAAUGAGACCUGGAUUGUACCAUACAACAUCUGUAAAACAAACCGCCUGUUACACGCCAAGACUGUGUAAACACUAAAUUGUAGAGCCAGAAAACAGCUUAACCAGAUUGCUUAUCUUGUUGCCCUCCCCUCCUUGACUGUGAUAUUUGUGGUUUCAUACUAUCAGAACCCAUAGCUGUGUAUCAGUUCGUUGAUAUUUUUAAAUGUUGUCAGCAUGUGUUUUAUGCCAAUAAAUCCAUUUCCUCCGUA